CGCGGCCGGGGAAGCGUUUAAUAAGCCGGUAGCAUGUUCGAAGGAAUCGUUUGGAGACACUUUCCGCUUUAUCUGCUCGUGAACGUGGUCCUGGUCGCUGGAUCGCCGGGGAUUUAUUCUAGUGAUCUAGCCAGGAGCCACAGGCAUGCUUCCUGUCCCUCGUGCAGCAGAGAUUGCCCAGCUGCCUUGGCAAAUUGGAACGCGGCGCCGUAUGCGAGAGGCGUCCAGGCAGAAACUGCUCGGUGGCCCAGCGGCGAACGACCCUUUGAACCGAGCCAGCCGUCCCUCCUUUCCAACCCCUAUUCACUCAAUCCCUCAAAUCCAUACGGCCGAGCCCCUGGAAGCGGAGGCGCCCCAGCAAUCAACAGGUCAGCCGGGGGCACCUGCAGACGCGAGAAUCCCUUCGCUUUCAAGUCCAGGGACCUCGAUACUGACCUGGCUCCUGCACCAGCCGCCGUUGUUCACGGUCUAAACGCACCUGUCGCUCCCUAUCAAUCACGUGGCCUCGCCAACUUGGCCAGGCCGUUCAACAAAGCUGGCUUCUACGAUCUGAUCAAACGUCAAUCCAUACCACCUGCCAACAACGAGCACCUGCGAUACGAUUCGCUCGAGCUGGGACCACCUCUCUUCGAAGACCCCAAGACAAAGUUGUCUGUGGUCUACAGGGCUGACAAGUAUGACGAUGGAUCUAACGAGGAUGCUCCUCUUUAUCCUUUGGACUACCCUGCAAGAAAGAUGGCUGAUAGAAGACCAGGUGUCAGAAGGCAAGUUGGUGUCCAGGUGAAUGGAGCUGAUAGAUUAGGUCAGCCUGAACAGGACCAGUCCAGGGAUUCCAGGCUGGCAAGUGGAUCUAAUUAUGAAGGUCAGUCUAGGGACUUCGGAAUGCUUCAGGGUCUAAGGUUUGCUCAGAAAGAUGAACCUAGGAACUCCAGGAUGACGGAUAGGUUUGCUCAAACGAGAGAUCAGAGUAGGGACCCUAGUGACAUUCGUGGAUUCAUUAAUCCCCAAGAUCAGCCAAGUGAUUUUGGAGCGGAUCAAAGAUUUAUUCAACCACAAGAAGAUUCGUCCGGGGACUUCAAGAUGGAUGGAGGAUUUAUUCAACCAGGAGAAGAUGAAUCUAGGGAGCCUGGCAUGGAGUAUGGAUUUAUGAAUCCCCAAGAGAAUCAGUCCGGUGAUAUCAGAAAAGCUGAGAUAUUCGCUCAGCCCCAAGAUGAUCAGUUGCGGGACUCCAGGAUGACUGACAGAUUUAAUCAAGAAGACCAAACCAGAGGUUUCAGAAUGGAUCAAAGAUUUGUUCAACCUCAAGAUCAGUUGAGGGACUCCAGGAUGACUGGCAGAUUAAACCAAGAACAAACCAAUGGUUUCAGAAUGGAUCAAAGAUUUGAUCAGCCCCAAGAUCAGUUAAGGGACUCCAGGAUGACUGCUGGAUUUAAUCAACCUGGAGAUCCGUCUAGGAAUCCUAGUGUCAUUCCUGAAUUCAUUAAUCCCCAAGAUCAAACCAGUGGUUUCAGAAUGGAUCAAAGAUUUGUUCAAGAAGAUCAGUCCAGGGAUCCUAGGACUACAGAUAGAUUUACGCAGCGUGAAGAGGAUCGGUCUAGGGACCCUAGUCUGAUUCAGGUACCAGAGGUUAGGUACGAUUUUCGUGAUCUAGCGUCGAAUUUCAACGUUAUGAAGCUGAUACAUCAGAUGGGAGCUAUGCUUAGGAACCAUAGCUCGUUGGAGGAUCGAACGGAGGAGAAGAAUUCGCGGGAAGUCGAGAAACAGGGUGGUCAGCGGGAGAGUCAGGUUAUUCAGAAGAUAAAUGGCGGCGAUCAGGGUAAUAAGGGUGUAGAUCCUCGCGAGAAACAGCUGCAGGAGGAGGUCAAGGAGAAGAGGGGCGCGGCAGAUAGAAAAAUUACUGCGGACGAUCAACUGGAUUGGAGCGGUGCCGAGUUAGUUCCGUUCCAGACGACCACCGAGCUUCCGGUUCUCGAUCUAACGAAUAUAGAGACUAUGGGCUGACGAGGAGAAACCUAGGGAAUUAAUUUUUUGUACUCUUUCAACGCGUAAUGUGAAGCAAUUGAAUUGUGAAAUUGAUAAUUAUUAAAUUUUGUUGAUGAAAGUAUGAUUCUUUUUUGUUCAGUUGGUAAGAGAAUUUUUUUUCGAUCAAAAGUGGAUGAAAUAAAGAUUGAUAAUAUACUUGAGAUUAUUAUUCUGGGAUCUAUAAGUUAGUAGGAGUAAAGAGAUUUUCGCGGUUAAUUAAUUCUAGUUCUUCUUUGGAAUGUGACGCUAGUUACUACGGUGUGUUUUUACUGUAUUUCGCAAAGACUGUAAUAAUUAUACGAGUUUGGAUAAAAAUGAUUAUUAAAUGAUUGAUGUUAUGUGUGUAUUUUACUUGGAGAAAAUUGAACCAAUUAAUUUUAUUAUGAAAUAUUAAUUAACGUGGAAACUUUGGUUGAGAAUGUGAAGUUGAGGUAUCCAGUAACUUCAAUUAGAAAUUUUCAUUUGAAGUUUAAGAAGCAUUAUAAGUUAGGUAUACAUAUCGAUAUAAUUGCAAUUAUUCGAUACAAUUGUUCCAUAAUUGCAAAAUGAAAGAAUUAAUCAAUAAACGAAACUGAAUUUAAUUCUCGCAAUAAAUUGAAUUCUCGGAAAACACAAAAUGAGAACAAUCUUCCACAGUUAACAUUACAACAUUCAUUUUGUCGAAGAUACUUUCAAAUGUGAAAAUAGUGGAAAAGUAUGACAGAAUUAUUAUUAGACUAUUGCUUCUACUUCUUCAAUGAUAUUUCAGAUUUGUAGACAAAUCAAGAACCGCAGCAGUUUUAAUGGACAAAAAAAGUGUGAAACAAAAAAUUGGUACCAUUAAGAACCGUUUCUUUUUAAUCCCGUUUCAUCAGUAUCGACAGAAGAUCAUCGUUAUCAAAUGAUUUAAGGAACUUAUCGUUACAUUUCGUGCUGUUGCUCUUUCAAUGAUAUUUUAAAUUUCCAGAUAAAUUAAGCAUCGUAUGAGUUUAAAAAAAAAUAAAUUAGUACCAUUUACAACCCUUUAUUUCUAAUUCGUGCUCUCGAUGUUUCUAAUUCUAAUGCGUGCUUCUACUCUCUUAAUAACAUUUCAAAUUUGUAGAUAAAUUAA